UGACGCGUUCGAGGCACUCGCUUUCCCAGAAUGCUGAGGGCGCCCGCGUGCGACUGCCCUUCUCCUGCCGUUCCUGCCGGCAUGGCGGUCGUGGUGCUGCACUCGGUGCCGCCGAUCCGCGUUCUCCUCCAGCGCUGCUGGCAGCGGCUGGAACUCGGCCGCUGGCCGGCCGUGUGCGGGGCGCAGAGCCCGUUGUGGGGGCUGGCGCCGGCCGUCCAGAGCCCCGCUUGUCUGCCGGAGCCGGCAGCGGGCGGCGAGGGGCCGGGCUUCCUCGGCGGCGUCCUGUGGAUGGCGGCGCCGAAGAAGAGGCGCAGCAUCGAGGUGAACCGCUGCAGGAGGAGGAACCCCAGCAAGCUGAUAGCAGUCAAGAGGAACAUAGAUGUUUGCCCUGAGUGUGGAAACUUGAAGCUGAAGCAUGUUCUUUGUGGUUAUUGUUAUGCAAAAGUGAAAGCAGAGACUCAACAGAUACGGAAGGAAAUAGGUAAAAAGGAAGGAGGACCGUUUAAUGCUCCUACUGUAGAGACUGUAGUGCUUUAUGAUGGAGAAAAGCCCUCUGAAAAAGAUGAAGGCAAGCGGAUCAUCGAGAGAGCCAGGAAGCGUCCAUCUUGGUUUAGUCUAAAUUAACAGCGGGACAGAGCAUGCUUUUCAAGAAUGUUUUCUUGGUUGUGUUCAGUCAGUGCUGAUACUGAAUAGGUGUGAACUUUUAGGAUGCCUGAUGAAGUCACAUUUCAUGUUGCAUAUUGCUUCUGUAGCAUCCAGUGGGCAGUGCUUCUUGGUGAUAUAUCUGUCGUAGCUAUCAACAAUUAAAGAGAAGUUGGGAUCAGUCUUGUUGGACAUCUACAUACAGUACAGUGACUACUUUGUAUGUUAAUGUUGUAUGCUGUAAAUAAUUUUUUAUUACUAUUAACAGUGGAAAAACAAUCAGGUAUAAAAUAAAGAUUCCUAAAGAAA